UACGAUGCCGCGAGCGCUGGUGCGAACAGUUGAUAAGUAUCUUCGCUGCUACAGUAAUGAAGUGGUCAGAGACUUCAAGAAUGUAGUGGACUAGGCUUAUAUGUGUAUAUAGUGUCUGUAGAAAGAGUUUAGGCACAGUAGGACUGUUCUUCUGAGCGCACAGUUCUUUGCUCGGCGUGCAGCGCGAAUAUAAUGUUGCCUUGGAAGAAGAACAAGUUUGAUCUGAUCGAGGACGACAAGCAGUCGAAACAGAAGGGCUAUGCCGUGAGUUUGAACUACUCGGCGCUCACCUCUUUUGCCAGGUCGUGCCCAGAGAGUGCCCUGCACCGAGUGGGCAGCAUGUUCAAGUCCAAGAGGAGGAAGGUGAAGAUCACUGGUGAGGACCCCACGUACACGGUGCUGUAUCUGGGCAACGCUACUACCAUCCAGUCCAAAGGAGAUGGCUGCACGGAUGUGGCUGUGAGCAAGAUCUGGGCCAAGAGUGAUAUGGGCAAGAGUGGCACUAAGAUGAAACUGACCGUCAGCUCACAGGGCAUCCGCAUGGUGCACGCGGAUGAGCGGGCACGCCGUCCGGGCCACCUAUACCUGUUGCACCGGGUCACCUACUGUGUGGCCGAUCCACGCCUGCCCAAGAUAUUUGCCUGGAUCUAUCGUCACGAGCUGAAGCACAAGGCCGUCAUGCUGCGCUGCCAUGCCGUGCUGGUGUCCAAGCCGGAGAAGGCCAAGGCCAUGGCGCUGCUGCUGUACCAGACGUCGGCGGCGGCGCUGGCUGAGUUCAAGCGGCUCAAGAGGCGUGAUGAUGCCCGGCACCAGCAGCAGCAGCUGGUCGGUGAACGCACCGUGCCACUGGUGCCACUGCGCAAGCUGCUCAACGGCCAGUGCUGCUACAGGCCACCCGUAGAGCGCAGCCGCAGCGCACCCAAGCUGGGCUCCAUCACCGAGGACUCUCUGGGAGAAGAGGCCGAGGAGAAGGCCUCCGCCCGUUUCCAGGGCGAUGAGGUCUUGACCGGCGCCGGACAGGCUGAGCUGGCCCAGAUCAUCAGUGACCUGGGCGAAAUGGCCAUCGGGAAUGACGUGCAGACUUUGCGUGCUGACCUGAGGGUGACCCGGCUAUUGUCAGGCGAAAGCACGGGCAGCGAGUCGUCCAUCGAGAGCAGCCCAGAGACAGGGAAUCCGCCGCACGUGGAGCAAGACGGACACAUGCAGGAGGUGGGCUGAGGUCCAAACUAGCCAGAAAACCCCUUUGUUUACUUCCCAGUGAGAUUUCUUGUCUGGUUUACAGUGACCCACUGUUUGGUUUUGGAUAGAAUUUCUCUGCUUGGGAGGAGGGGUUUGUGCCACCUUAUCCGUAUGACUUGAAAGAAGACUGGGGUUAAACAGCUUUAUGGCCAUGAUUGUGGACUGGAGAGAAAACCGCAGGACAGACGGAAGGCCUCAGGCUGAGCUCAGAGCAUGCUCCUUCCCAACGAAAACGAGGAGCACGGAGCAAAAAGGUGCUCUCCUCAGCUACACAGCGAAAUCCCCUGUGUUGAAUAAACUGCUGUUUCAUAUGAACACCUACAAUGCUAAAUUAACUCUUACAGUGUUGACUACAGCAUGUAUGUACACCGUGAGAGUUAAUCCAACACUGAAAUACUGCAGCACUGUUAGGACCAACACUGUAAGCGUUCAUUCAGCACUGGGGACUUGGCUGUGUACAUUUUACAUUUGAACUUGUUUACCCAAUUAAUUUCCCUAAAGGAAAUGUGUGGUUUUUUUUUUCUUUUCUUUUUUCUUUCUCUCUCUCUCCCUCUCUCUCUCUCUUUCUUUCUUUCUUAAAAAAUGGCUCUGAAUGGUGUAAAUCCAAUUAUGUAGUUUGAGGAACACUCACCUCGACUGCCCUGACAAUGCUAGCUACUUUAAAGAUAUACCAUUUUCUGUUCUUUAUUUUUGCACUUUGCUGUAAUUAAGUUGCUCUGUUCAUGAUUUUUGUACAUACUAUUGUUUCCUUUUAAAUGUUCUCAUAAACAUCAAUGUUCUAUCUUUGCUGUGCAAAAGAGAAAAAAAAACAUUGUAAUGUACUGAGAUGUAAAUAUCAAAUGCAUAAUGUGUAUUAUUUUUUAAAGCGGUAAAUGUGGUUUGUUUUUGUGAACCUCACAAAAUUACCAAUAAAAACAAAAGAACAG